GCGCAGGCGGUCGAAGUUCCUCGAAGACCGCCAAAAAGUAUCGAGGUCGAACGGGUGAUAGCGGAUAUUGCCGAGGCGUGGCGGAAACGACCGAUUGGCGUCGAACAAUCACGAGUCGGAGCCGUUGCGCGGUUCGGCUGAUUGCAGGCGCGCAGUGCAGCCGCCGGUAGAAGCAGCCUCGCAGUCGCUGCUCGGCUAUGUUUCAGCUGAGGUGAGCGCACGAGGGACGGCUCGUGUCGCCGCCGGUUCGUCCUCUUCUCGUGCUCUUUCCGUUCGUUUCUCGCCGCCUUUCUCCUUCAUUCCCCUUCACGUGUGCAUUCGAUCGUGGACAAACGGGUCUCGUCGUCUGGCGCGAUCAUCGAACGAACCUAGUCUCACCAACGAACACGACGUAAUUAAUCAUGCCGGUCGUGCCAGCCGAGGGUGCCGGCCAACUGGAGGACCUUGACGAGCCUCCAGAGCCUCGUGUCCGCGGUGGGAGCGGAAGGGCCAGCCUUAUGAAACCCCUGGUCGUCCUCGCCCUUCCUGGCAUGUAUCUUUUCUACAAGUACAGCCAGUACAGGAGGGAGCAGCGCGAAUUGUCACGGAGGCGGGUCACCGAGAGGGAGCUUCAACAUCUUCAUCACAAGAUCGACAAGCUGUUGACCAAGCUCGAGAAAAACGAGCCGGAAUUAGCCUCCUCUCAAGAAGACGAGUGCGUGAUAUGUGUGAACGCCAGAGCCACGAUGCAAACAGCUCCGUGUGGUCAUCGGGUCGUUUGCAGGCGUUGCUUCGUCAAGACGAUACAAAUGGCCGUGUCGCAGAGGCUCUUACCUUUGAGAUGCGUGAUAUGCAGAGCAAAGAUUCUACGUUUGAAACAAACCCUCAUCCCACGGGACUACUCGAUGUCAGGAAAGUCGUGGGUCCUGCCGCAAAGCGCCUCGGAGUACAAUAUGGGGACGGGAGUGCCCGUUGGAGUGACUGGACCCGGUGGAAGAUGGGUCGCUGGAAGCGUCCCGGCAUCCGCCUCCCUCUACUCUAUGGCGAGCGGUUCAUCCUCCAUUUCCGGAGUGUCUUCCGUGUCUUCCUCGAGUUCGUCCUCUGCGAGUAGCACGGGAAGUUCGAAUCUUGGGAAACCUACGAGGGUGAGGCAACCUUCCGGCGCGACUUUGAGACGCUCCCAGACGCAAUCUAUGAAAAUGAGAAUUCAGGAGUAUCAAGAUCCGGUUCAACAGGUCGCCGAGGAGGAAGAGGUGAUGAGGGAAAAUCGGGAUCGUAGAUUGCCGCCUAUCAAGGAAUUCCAAAGAGACUAUCGCGCUGGAAAAGCAUCCACUAGGAUAAGAUGUGCUCAAAAAAUUGUGACUCAACUGGAAGCGUCACCGAGUCCCAGGGACUCGAGCAACGUGUCCAGCUCGACGUCCUCGUCAUCGACGAAGUCCACGUCGAAGAGGCCUCAAUCGGCGCCGAAGUUGUCGGUGGUCCAAGAGAUCCAGAAGUCGAAGAAGGAAAAGGAAAGGGAGAAGGAGCGAGAGAAAGCGGAGAAGGCUCGUCAGAAGGAGGAGGAGAAGGCGGAGAAGACAAGGCAGAAGGAGGCUAAGAAGCUGGCCAAGGAGGAGAAGAAGAGGGCGAAGAAGGAAGCGAAGGCGAGGCGAAAGGAGGCCGAAGAAUCCCUCCUUAGGGAGGAAAAGUAGUCUUCGAGUAGUCGAGUAGGGGCGACAAGUAGAAAAAUCAAGAACGAUCGAUAAGCCUGGAAGAAAAAAAAAAAAAGGAUUUCGAAUACUAUUAUAGGAUCCAUCUCAUCGUGCUCGGGGCACGUUCAAGCUGUGUCGUGGACGCGAUCGUUAUUAAAGAAAGAGAAUAAAAAAAAAAAAAAAGGAAAAGAAAACGAAAAAAAAAAAAAAAGAAGAAAUCAAAAGAUUCACGAGCAUUUUGUAAUAUUCUUAGGGUCUAGUUAGUGUUCUUCUCGAGACGCGCGGCCAUUUCGAUGAUUCAAAGUAGGCAGUGGUGUCUACCAUUAAUAAUAUAGCGUUUUCAUUCCGGAGAGGAAGGGUCUAUUUAUCGACUAUAUAUUUACCGCUUUAUUUAAAGAACGAUUAGGAUAAGGAUAUUUUAACGUUUUAUAAAAGGGCGAGGUGGGUUUUCGCGGGACAGCUUGAACCGAUGCCAAUUCCCGAGGGAUGUGAUGAGAACGUGUAGCGGCGAUAGGAAAAAAAAAAAAAAAAAAAAAAACGUAUAUCUAAGAAAACCUAGAAGCGGCCAAACAUAGUAACCUGUCAUAUCGAGUUAUCGCGGACUAAUAAUACUAAUCGAUAAUAGGAAGACUCGAGAGAAAAGCGUAGCGCUACGUUUGCUAUUAUUUGAUUAUCGCGUAAUCUAUAACCCUUUAUCCUGGGCGUUUCCUUUUUGUAGGAACAGUAACCUCGUGACGUUUCGUCGUUACUUUUUUUUAUAGGAUCAUCGUCGAUCAUCACACUACUCGACCACCAACUCGAAAUCGGUCAUUUCUAGGUUGGUUGGUCUACGAACACCAAAAAUUCUCGAAUAUCUGCUUCACGGACAAUACUUUCGAGUACGUAGUUUGUUGAUUCGCAGUUAUUAUUGAAUCUCCCCGCACAGUUCGUCACAUUUCUAGGAAGGAAAGAAAAACUUGUCGUCGAAGUUACUCUUCAUUCAACGAAUCAUCUCGAUCGUGCAUAUUAGUUCGUUAGAAAAACUCCUGUUAACAUUGAAAUUCAUCGUUGUUUCGUUCUUCGUCCACGACGAUUAUCCACGAAGAAAAUGUCGAACGAAUGUGGAAGAUGAUCAGGAUCAUCAAACGUGAAAAGAAAUUCCAUUUUAUCGAGUACCGAUCAAAAAGUAUCCAUAUUUUUCUUUUUUUUUUUCUUUUUCUCGUAUUCAUCCGAUUUGCCGAUCGAUUAUUAUUUCAUCCUGUUCCCUUCGCGAAUACGUACUCCUGUAUACGUACGUGCAUACUUGUGAGACGAGUGUAUUCACUCAGGGGGGAGGAGGGGGGAGAUAGACGAACGCAAUUCACGGUAUACAUAUACCACGACGAUAAGCCUAAGGCAAGGGUUCGAUUAAGAACACGCGGAAGGAUGUUUAUUCUAAACAGAGUUUGAAGGGAAAAAAAGUAAAAAAGUAAAAAAAAAAAUAAAUAAAUAAAUAAAUAAAAAAAUAAAUAAAAAAAAAAAAAAUAAAAAGAUAAAAAAGAAUAAAAGAAAAGGGAAAAAAAAUAAUCAUAGUACAAUACGAUAGAUAGAUAGGACGAAAGCAGAGUUUCGAGUGCAGUGCGUGCCUCGUUUAUCGACUUCGUGAUUAUCGUAGAUGAGUAGCGUUUUAUCGAUUCGUUUAAAUCCUCUUCUCUCUCUCGAGACAAGGCUCGAGAAGCUUAAUUAAUCGAUCAACUACUUGCAAAACUAUUACCCUUUGCCACGUUGCCCUAGGCGCUAUUUCAAAGAGUCCUCUUUAUCCUCGUAACCCUUUCCACUGAGCGGAACUGAUAAAUUACUCGUUCGACGGGAAGCGAUCCGUGUUUCAUGAACUUUACAGUACUCGUAAUAUUCUCUUUGGGUGUUAUUCUAAUCUCUGGUAUUCAAACUACUAAUAGUUUUAAAUUAUUAAUAUCGAAAAUGGAAGAAAUUGUGUAAUCCAUUCUUCGAAGAAGAAUUCGACGCUUGACGAUCGAUUCGGUGUCGAAAAGUGUUGACGAAUAAGAGUUGGAAAUUGCGAAACGUAUUAUAAAUGUUAUAUUCGUGAUAUUUCGAGCAGCAAAGGGUAUAAGAAAGAAGCGAAUGAAGGAGGAAAAAGUAGGUUGAAUAUCACGGAGUAUACACGAUUCACGGUUACGAGACUAAUCCCGCGAUUAAACCUCUUUGAAACUGUUCUCGCCCCCCUGUCCCUGCCCCUACUUUUUCAACCCUUCGGUUCGAUGAGCGAUACUGGAUAAAAUGAUGCUCGGGGAUAGAAUUAAUAAAUGUUUGAUCGAUAUUCUCGCAUUAUUAUUAGACAGACCGAUGGUCUUUUCGUUCUUGACACGGGAUACGAGUUACGAUUUUGAGAUUUCUUUUCUUUUUCUUUUUUUUUUUUUUUUUUUUUUGAUUUCAUCUCUCCAAGAAGAGGUGAUAGUGAUUCAUCGUUGUGAGCCAGCAUCGCUCGAGAGCCAAGCUCAAGCAGCCAAAAAUCAAAAGCAAUUUUUUUACAGCGCGCGACAAUGAUAUUUACAAAGAGCGAUGAGAUGCGAGGAAAAGAGAAAAGAGAGGAAGGGAAGCAAGAGACGAGACGAGAAGAAUUUCGAAAAUGGAAUGGAUAAGAUCAGCAGCGAGUAUCGAUCAGAGACAAUCUCUCGAUGAAGCGAAGAAUUCUCGGUUUUUCUUUUUUUUAUUCGUUACCCCCUACUUCCGUUCUUCUGUCAUUCUCUCUUUUUUCUUUUUUUAAUAUUCCUUCAUAACGUUCAAACGUUGCUCGUCCUCCUCCUAACUUGACCUAAUUUACGCACUGCCGGUGAUUUUGAUUUCUCGAACGAUCGAACUUUGCGAGGAAAGGCGAGGAAUAUCGAUUAUUAAAUCGACAUGGAUCGGGUCGUUUUUUGAUUCGAAGGAUAAGCGUUUCAUCGUUAUCUUUUUUAUAAAAAGAAAAAAAGAAAGGAAAGUUCGAUCAAUUCCUUUCCUUUGAUUUCGUUCAUUCGCGUGUCAUUUUUUAAACGCGUUAAAUUUUUCUCGCAAAGAAUAAAAAAAAAAAAAAAAAAAACGGUCGAGAAAGUCUCCAAUUUUCCUCCGUUCGAACGAUAGAAGAUAACUCUGUCGCAUAGACGAAUCCAUCCGCGCUCGAACAGGAAAUCUCUUUGAUUCGUCCGUCGCGGAUGUGAUUGCGAUGAAAAAGACACGACAGACGAUCUCUUUGUUUGUAUCCGAGAUAAAAAAAAAUCAUCGCGCACAUAUCAGUAGUGAUUAAUGCAUUUUACUCGGCGUCUUUGCCCCAACUUCAUCUACAACGUGAAAAUCCGUGUCUGUUCGUCGGGGGACCGGUUUCGUAUCUUGUCGCGUCGAGCCGAUGAUGAAGUUAAACUCGAGGACGCUGCCAAUUAGCGUGUUAACGUAGACUGUCAAUUAUUACCUGUUACAUCGGUUUCCAUUCGUAAACGAGCCGAGCAUUUCACGUAAGCAUGCAUCGUAAUCGACGGCAUUAUUCUAUUCUGAAGGAGCUCGUGUCGCUCGAGCGCCACUCGAACUCCAUUAAGAAAAAGAAGCACGCGCGCUUCUUUCUAGGGUUCGAGGGAACAGUGUCAAGGGAAUCUUCACGCGUUCACAUUUCGAAUCGUUUCGUUUGCGUUCGCGAGACUUUCUCGAAUCUAACGUGAAAAAAAAGGGGGAGAGAGAGAGACAGAGAGAGAAAGAAAGAGAGAGAGGGAAGCAAGAAAGCAAAGGAAAUUUUCGAGAAGAUAGAUAGAUUACAGAAAUAGAGAAAGAAAGAGAGAGAGAGAGAGAGAAAAGGAGAGAAAGAAAAUGUAUGUAUGUGUGUAUGUGAGAGAGAGAGAAAAACAGAGAGUGUGUGUGUGUAUGUGUGUGUGUUUUCUGCCAUCGUAAAGUCAAUUUUAUCGUGUACGUAUAUGUAUAAUUUCAAUAAAAACGGACGCUGCAGGUAGAUAUUUUUGCUGAGACGAUUUCAGCGUACGAUUCUUCGUUAUUACGUGGCCUGAAACUCGAAAGAGAUAGAGAGAAACGAGAAUUGACUCCAAGGUUCAGCGAUUUUAUUAUAUCCUUGUCGGAUCGUAAGAAAUUAUAUGGCAAUAUCAUAUGAUCCGACUGUAAAUCCUGGCCUUCCUGGCGUCACUUCUACGCGUUUACAAGAUCAUGGUUCUUAGAUUGCGAUCUACUAUAUCGUACUCGAUCGAUUUGAAAAUAAGAGAAUCGAGAAUGAUAGGAGAUCUGAAAUGCUUCGAUAGACGAUAGUAGAGAUGAUGCUGUAUAAAUGCGGAUUAAAGAGAUAAAUUAAGGAUUGUUGAGCUACGAAGAUUUUUCGUAUAGCAUUUGGAAGAAUUAUUUAAGAAAGGGAAGUUAUAAAUAUCUCGAGACACAAAAAUUGUUGGCAAUAAUAUUUCAACUAGAAAAAGAGAGAGAGAGUAGUGGUGGAUGAGAGAGAGAAAGAGAGAGAGAGAGAGAGAGAUGAAUCGUGCGGCGUCUGUAAUCGAUACAGCGCGACGUGCAUGUAUCGCGUUCAAUACGAGGAUAACUUUAUUGUACUUUAUCGUGUAAGAGAGAUUUGUAGAGAGUUUAUAUUAGGCCAAUUGUCACAGUGAGAGUUAUACGAUAGUGAUGUUUUUUUCUCCUUCAAAAGAAAUCGUGGCCAACUAUUCCAAUUCCCUUCCCUUCAAAGAAGAGAAUUUUGUUCCGCUUUGCGUCUGAUCCACCAUGUUUUAAUUAGCUCGUCUUUUAUUCUCCCAAUGUUAUCAUCACCAAGCUUGUGGAUCAAUCGAUGUUCAAUAAUCGACGAGAAAAAUUGGAGAAAUAGCACAUUCGAGUGAACGAAGUUAAAAGUGCUAAAAGUAAGCCUCGAACAGUCCAAAUAGUUGGCCACAAUUACACAAAAAGGCACAAAAGAUCGUGUCCAGCAUAAUACUCGCGUAACAAUUGCCUGGAUGAUCAAUUUGUGUGAUAUGGACAGUGAAAGGAUCCAUCGAAGGAUAUAAUCUCGAGUGCCGAUUCAGAACGUAUUCUCGUAAUUUUCAAUGAUUUUAUUUCGUUCCAAGGUACCUGUUCUUGGCCAAAUAUAAAUUAACGAAAUUAUGUUAAUUAACGUUAAGAGGAAACAUAACAUUUGUUUGUUUAAUAGAUGAUUUUCUUUUAUUUUAAUCGAAAGUUGCAUCGAGAAGCAAGUUUUGCAUUGAAAAAAAUCAAAAUUUAUAAACUUAUUUAAUUGUAGGAAUUGAUGGAUUAAGAUGAUAAUCUAAUAAUGGAACUUGCUCCUUUGAUGAAUCUUUAAAAAAAUAUUGUUUUGAACGCGUGAAGAAAUCAUUUUUCAUAUUUUCUUUUUACUGUACGUUUUUUUUUUUUUUUUUAAUCAAAUUAAAUGUUCAAGAUAAAAAACAGGUUCAAAUGGAGAAAACUUUUCGAAUGGUAGAUUUUAUCAAUUUUAUUUUUUUUUAAUUUCAUUUAAAACAGAGUCAGACACGAAAAGAAAAGAAAAAUAAUUCUUUAGAGAUUGUAUUACGCGAUGUAUUACGAUCUGUACGAACAGACGAUGAAUAUGAACAAAAAUCAAAUAAAACGUUACAAUGAAUGUUAGUUAA